AUGCGAAGACCAAAAGGCAGACUUGGCACCUCGCCGCCAAUAACAUUCGGUACAUUUAAUUUCCAGGGUCCGCAAUGGGAUAGUGAUCUAUCUUCGGCUGAAGAGGGCACAUUUUUCAACGAGAAUCGGAAUCUUAGUGGCGAGCUUGAAAGUAUCCCCUUCACAGAAGAUCAUCGAAGUUGGGUACGAUGGCCUAGUGUGCUUUUCACCAACUUUGUCCUGAAGCCUUUUGAGACAUUGUCUUGGGCACUCGAACCCCUCAUGAGCUACAUCGCCGCAGUAUGCUUGUUUGCGGGGUGGCUUUAUUUCAUGUCCAUUAUACUUCCAGGGGACUUCCUUCUCGAGGUCUUCCUGGUAGUCCUUUUGUUUGCAACAGUGUCGGCGGUUGUCUGGAUGUGGGAUGAGGGGAUUAUUCAGUAUUAUCUCGCUUUUCCAGACACAGCAAAUGCUAGUGCCAUGUUCGCACUUACGAAUUUUUGGUUUGUAAUACCAAGGCUCGGGGAAUGGUUGGAAUGGUGUAACAGGCGGAUCGAAAAAGUUCGCCAACAACAGCAGUCUCGGAGGAGGUUCUAG